UUUUGUCAUGGAUACUUUGGAAAUAAAUACAGAAGAUUUACUCGUGAACACAGGUGUAACAGCAGUGUCAGACUCCUUAUUAGGAUUAGCCACUCUAAAUCCAGAUUUGGAGAUUCUCAACGUAGGAAAUGUUAUCCUGCAUAAAGGAUUAGAACAAGUAGACAAAGUUUUGAUCCUUUCGGGUGGACCUUCUGGGUUAGAGCCUGCUUUCGCUCAUUAUGUUGGGAAAGGAAUGCUUGCAGCUGCUGUCCAAGGAGAUCUUUUACAAUCACCGCCUAGUCGACCAAUAUUGAGAACCAUAAGAGAGCUGGCAGCAAUAUCCCUUCGUGGAAUUCUUAUACUGGUUAACGGUAACUCUGGUGAUUUGCUGAAUUUUGGAUUAGCUACCGAAAGGGCUAAAAAAGAAUUGAUCAGAGUUAUGAUGCUUCCUAUAUUCGAUAAUUAUUCCAAUGUGGAUUUACCAAGUUGUAAAAGAAGAGGGUUGAGUGGAAUUGUUUUAAUAAUGAAAAUAGCAGGGGCUAUGGCUGAGGACGGACAAUCGAUAGAUAAAAUAUACAAGCAUUGUCAAAUGUUAACUGAGAAUUUAUUAAGCAUUUCAUUUGGUACACGAGAACAUCUUCUAAGGAAACGGUGUGUUUGUAAAGCAGUCUCAGAGUUUGUGAUCGGUACAAAUGUCAAUGGGGAGUCAGCCUUACAAAGAAUUCGUAAAUCACAUGUGAAAGAAAUAGUAAACUCUCUGAUGGAGGAACUAUUAUACUCGAAUAAAAAACAACCAUUCUUGGAAAUAAGAACUACACCUGUUGUUCUUUUGGUCAAUAACGUUGGAGGCAUAUCAAAAUUGGAGGAAAUGAUAAUUGUAAAGGAGCUGAUAGGACAUUUGGAUGACAAGGGAGUGGUAGUGACUAGAAUUUAUUCUGGAACCUUUUUGGGGUCCAUGUAUUUCGACGGGAUCAUAAUAUCCUUGCUGAGGUUGGUUCAACCGGAUAUCUUGAAGUAUUUAGAUGCACCAACAACAGCCUUAGGAUGGCAAAAUAUAGCAGACGCUCGCACAGAUAUAAAGGUGGUUGAGAGAAAACAAAGCAUACUCCACAAAAAACCAAGAACCGAAACUAUAGUCAUCAAAGGUCCACAACUAAGAGAUCAGAACGCAAACAGGGUAAAAAAUGCAGCGAACUUUGCAUGCGAAGCGAUCAUUUCUUGUGAAAGACAGAUCAACAAAAUGGACGCUGAAUCGGGGAACAGCAACACAGGAAGUAGAUUGAAGGCAGCUGCUGUUAUGUUCUUGCAGAAAUUCAGGGCUAAUAAGGCCCACUUCAAUCUACCGUACCACUUCUUCCAAUAUAUCAGCAAAUUGUGCGAAUAUCAUUUAGGGGGUCCUAUAGGCUGUAUAUUUUGCAUUCUUUUCGAAGCGGCUGCCUCCACAUUCCUUCCUUUAGAUGAACUGGAUGAUAACUUGGAAGGUCCCGUUUGGUUGGAAAGUUUGAAAAAUUCGGUGGAUUCCUUGAAGAGAUACACUCUAGCUCAAUCAGGCGACAACACCCUACUUGAUCCACUAGAAGCUUGUGUCAAUGAAACAGUAAAUAAUCUCUUUGAGAUGCCGAGUUACCUCGAUGCUUUCGGAUGUGGUGUUGCAGGGGCAGAACGGAUAUCUGUCGAAUUAAAAACUGGCAGAUAUCCUGAUCCUGGUUCCCAUGCUGUUGUUAUUAUAUUGAGAGCGAUCUAUGAAGGAUUGAAGUCAAGCUAAGAAAUAACACUUUGUAUAUACAUUUAUUUAUAAUUGUUUUGAUAUAUAAAAAUUCAAAAGUGUACAUUGAUUGCAGAAAACAUUAUAUGAAUUUUUUUAUUGUUUUUUCAA